AUGGCGCAAAAAGCACAAAAAACGCUCGCCGCCUCCAACACCUCCCGGCUCAACCAAACCCUCCUCCUGACCCUGAUAGCCCACUUCCUCUUCCUCCUCCUCCGCGCCCUCGUCUUCCGCUCCUCCUUCACCCGCCGCUCCCUCCUCCUCUACCUCCUCUUCUCCUCCCCGCAGCUCCUCAUCCAAUUCUACUUCGAGCGCCUCAGCCGCCCGAUAUACGACGCCGCGAACGGGAGCCUCAAGCGCGCGGGCGAGGACCUCGACGCCAAGGGCCUGACGGAGUGGAUGUGGGAUGUCGUGUACUGGACGUACGGGUGCGUGGUAGUCGCGGCGGUGGUCGGGGACUAUGGGUGGUGGUUGUGGGCGGUGGUGCCGGCGUAUUCGGUGUGGUUGGCGUGGUCGACGUAUAGGGGGGUUAGGGGUGGGUUUACGGAUGCCGCGGGCGUGCCGCAGCCUGGUGCGGCGGCGAGUAAGAGGCAGGCGAAGUUGGAGAAGAGGGGUGGGCAGCGGGUUGCGUAUCGGUGA